ACGGUAGCAUUUGAUCAAACUUCCCUGUUUAGGCUUCUGUGCUGCGUGGUUUUCAAAUUUCCCUUCUUUCAAAUCCCUCUCACCCUAAAAAGAUCCCACAUUUCCUAUCUAAAUAGAAGUAUAAAGCGACCUUCUUGGUGUUUAAGCGAUAAACCCAGAUUGAAACCCAUCAAUGGCUACCUCUGAACAAUCUAAAUAUCAUCAAUAUGAAGAUAAAGAUGGAGAUUUCUUGGAAAACGGAGAGUCCGACCCGGAAUAUGAUUCGGAUGAUUCGAUCAAGGACCCGAGUUAUAGCAGUACUCUUGAAGAAACCCAUGCCAACUUCGCAAAGCUCUCAAUCAAGCGUAAUUCAAAGACUCGUAUUGCCACAGAUAUCGAUCUUGGUAGUGAAGCGGACCUUGAUGGGCAGGAGGUGGUUUUACCUGAGCUGGACCAGAAAGAUGAGAAAAGCUUUGAAAUGGUCCAAAAGAUUAUUGAAGCUAGACAAAUUGAGAAAUUGAAAGUGGAGCAAUGUAAGCUGUACCUGAGGAAGAAUGGGUUGAGAUUGACUGGCAAUAAAGACACGCUCAUUCAGCGGAUUAAGGAGCAUUUAGAGAUUUUGAAUGGUGGAGGUGAGAAGAAGUAUCCAGCAUCUAGCUUUGUUUUGAAUUGUAAAGGGGAUGCAUGCACUAGCGAUGUUGUCAUGUUUGAACAAAAUGUUUAUGAAAUAUUUGACAUAGCUUCUAGGAGUGGAAGAGGCCCUCCAUGUGGCACAAGGAUUGUUGCAGGCCGAAUUGUUAAAGAAAGCUAUGGCGCUGCUAAACAGCAGCACACAUUUACAAUUGAGGUACUCUGGAGCAAGGGGAAGAAACCACUCCCUCCGCUUCAUCCCCUUCUAAUUAAGGGUCGGAACCUUUACAGGUUGAAAACUUUGAGACAGAGAUGGGAAGAUGAAGGGGAGAGGCAGAAAGUUUUGAUGGAAAAGCACUCAAGAGGAUCUCUUGCUAGGACUGCUAAAGAAGCACGGGUCCAAGAGAAGGACAUGAGAAAAAUGCUGAGAGAAAUAGGGUUUCAAGAAAGGAGGAACCGAAAAAGAACCAGUCUCAGUUUAACUCAACCUCGGUGCUUAAAACAUCAGUUCAACCUCAGCAAUCUGUUUCACUUGUUAACUCAGCAAACCUACAUCAACUAGUUGGUAUAUCAGUUCAUUCAGGAAAUACGAAAGUGUGUGCUCAGCAAUUGGGAUUGUUUACUGAUUUAUCAAGAGACCUUUCAUUAAAACCAGCAACUCAAAUUCACCAAUCAGGGUUUGUUGUCUAUUCACAAAAUCCAGCAACUCAACCUCCAGCUCCAAAGUCAGGCUUUUUUGUUGAUUCCGGAAAGGUGACAAUUCAAC